CGUUAUUAUCAUAGUGACAACAUAGUCUAUGGUUAUUAUAAUUUAUAGGUACCUCUGCGCCAGGCCGAUAAUCAAUUCAGUAUUUUUCCUUUUGUUAUCCGUAUAGGCACGCACAACAUACUCUUUUUGUACAAAAGUAGUUUGAAAAAUUUAUCAUUAUUUUUGUUAUUUUUUUCACUCAUCUAGUAUGCCUCUUAAGUGUUUUGUGCCCGGGUGCAGCUCAGGUACACCCAAACAAAAUAAAAUAUAUCAAGAGCAAGGUAUGAAACGGCCUUCGGUAUUUCAUCCUCCCGAGAAAAUGAUUGAUACUUGGAAUUUAAAAAUUUCACGAGCUGAUAGAUCGUUAACCAAAAAAGAUGGAGUAUGUGAACUGCAUUUUGUUUCUGAAGAUAUUAUUUCAUGUAGAGUUUUUGAAGAUACAGCAGGAAAUGAAAUGAAAUAUGAGCUUAAGAAGGUUAUUUUAAACCCAACUGCUAUACCUUGUAUUUUCCCUAAUUUACCUUCUUGUUUCAACAAAAGUAGUAAAAAACGAAGAACUUCAACAGAAAGGUCAACAAGUCCACAAAAUGUUAAGAAGAAUAAACCCAGUGACAUAAAUGCUGUGAAUGAAACGAUUGUUAGCCCUCAAUUAGCCACUGAAGUAACAGAUAAUUAUACAAUUGAAUCAUUAAGGUAUAAUGUCCAUACUGAUGCGAAUAAUAUUAAACUACCAGGUGCAAUGUGGGGGCUGCAUACUGAUUAUUCAGAAAAAACACUUUUUACUCAUAUCAAAGACAUUUCUAAUGAUAAAUGUGUUAUGUUUACUACCCCCAAUGUAGCUAAGGUAUAUAUAAGAGAGAAAGAAACUCAAAUUGAAGAAUAUAUUGAAAAACGUGAUGAUAUUGAAAACCUAUUGAGUAAAAUUGAUUUGUUAAACAUUUGUCCUGGUAUUAAUUCGACAAAAACAAAUCAAUGGUCUUCAAAAUGUAUGCUAUAUGUGGAAGAUGAAUGUGUUCGAUGUAAAUACUGUCAAAAUCUUGGUGAAUACAUGAAUAGAAACAAAAGCCAACAGAAACCAAAAUUAAAAAUAUAAUUUAAAUAUAAAUAAGUUGUGCAAACAAGAAGACUUUCUAAUAAGCUCAUAUAUCAGGUACCUAUAUUUGAUGAAAAUGAAGAUCAAUCAUUUCAAACAAAAAUUUAAAAGAGAAGAAAAUGGGUCGAAUUACUAAAGGUGAACCUCAGAUACAACAAGAUUCAAUACAAAUAUUGUGUCUUGUCUUCUCGGAUAAGCCAUUUUGGGGAUCAUGGAUACAAGCCAUUGGUGCUUUUUUGAGCAGAGUUGCAGCUCCAAACAAUGUUUUGCAAAAAUGUAUACAGUUAAACCUACGUUGUUGUCUAUUUGAAAAUUCUGGGUUCCAACUUUCGAAGUACAUAAUAUAGAAACGAUGGUCCAUGUAAUAGAGGUAUAUGGAAUACAUUUGGUGUAACUAUUUCACAUUUCAGCCGUCAACAUCCUGUACAAUAUUAUCAAGACAUGUGGACCAGAGUAAUGAAAAACAGAAUGUUUCAG